AUGGAUUCCACCGGAGCGACAGCGCGCACGCCGCGGAUGCGCCGCUCGCCUCUUCCGGGCCGGCGCGACUUCGGAAGUCUGCUGCAGCCGGAGUCUCCGGCCGGGACGCUCAGCCGCACGUACGAUGGCAGCACGCCGCUCUCCAUGCGAGGCGUGCCGCCCGUGGCCGGCGGCCACAUGAAGACGCCGCGCCACUCGUAUCACCCGCGCCGCGCGGGCGUAGCCGCCGCCUCCAUGGAUGACAUCGUCGUGGACGUGCAGGAGAACACGUCGCUGCUGCACCCCAAGGACGGGCCCGUGCUGACCCCGACGCAGCGCAAGAUCAAGAUCGGCGUCUACGGCGUGCUCAACACGGUGAUCCUCGUGCCGCUCAUGAUCAGCUUCGCGCAAAUCAUCUUCCGAGACCCGGAGUUCCAGCCCUACAUGAACGACCUGGUCAAGCUCGUGCUCGUGUCGGCGGCCGUGCACCAGAUCUGCUUCUCGUGCGUCAGCUCGCUGCCCUUCGCCAUGGGCCAGGUGCAGGACGCGGGCCUCAUCUUCCUCUCGGCUAUGUGCUCGUCCAUCAUCAAGACGCUGCACGAGCUGAGGGGCGACGACUUCUCCAUGGAGGAGGUGCUGGCCACCACGCUCUUCACCAUGGCCGUGUCCACGGCCGUGCUGGGCGCGGCGCUCAUCGUCACGGGCAAGCUGCGCCUGGCCAGCUUCGUGCAGUACCUGCCUAUGCCCGUGGUCGGCGGGUACCUGGCCUUCAUCGGCUUCUACGCCAUGGAGGCUGGCCUGUCGAUGAUGACCACGGAGAGCAUCAAGGAGCCCACCGACUGGGUCAAGCUCGCCGACUGGAACGCGUUGGUGCUGUCCGUGCCCGGCGUCAUUGCUGGUACCAUCAUCUUCUGGGUCAACUCGCGCUACGACCACAUGGCCGUGAUGCCCUGCUGCCUGGCCGCCAUGCUGAUCACCUUCUACGGCUUGCUGCUGGUCACGGGGACGUCUCUGGAUGAAGCGCGUGCGGCCGGAUGGGUGGCCGAGCCGCCUCCGUCGCCGCGCAGUAUUACGCAGAUCUACGGGUUCUACGACUUCUCCAAGAUCAACUUCUCUCACCUGACUGACCAGAUCCCGACCUGGAUCGCCAUGUACUUUGUGGUGGCCUUCUCGUCGUCGCUGGACGUGGCCGCUGUCGAGACGGCGCUGGGCAAGCCACUGGACCACAACCACGAGCUGCAGACUGUCGGCAUCAGCAACUUGCUGUCGGGUCUCGGUGGCGGCUUCACGGGCUCGUACCUCUUCUCACAGACCAUCUUCACACUGCGUGGCAAGCUCGAUACCCGCUACGUCGGUCUCAUUGUCUUCUUCCUGGAGAUUGCCAUCGUGCUGAGCCCGUUCUCCAUCAUAGCGUAUGUGCCCAAGGUAUUCUUCGGUGCGCUGCAGAUGCUCGUGUGUCUUGAUCUGAUGCUGGAGUGGCUCUACCACGCGCGCAACAAGCUCCUCCCGCGCGAGUACGGCAUCGUUUGGUUCACGUUCCUGUCCAUGGUCUUCGUCAAUUUGGAAUUGGGUAUCGCCAUAGGCAUCGUUGCUGCGGGCUUCAACUUCAUCUACUCGUACAUUGCGACGUCACGCAUCAACCGUGUGAUGAAGCGCUCGCGUGUGGAGCGUGACCUGCGUGAGCGAGUGCUGCUGCAGAACAUGAGGAUGUCCAUCGUGACGCUGGAGCUGGAAGGCUACAUUUUCUUCGGCUCGAGUGUGAAGGUCAUGGACGAAGUACGUCGUCACGUACUGGUGACCACGACUGAAAAGCAGGAGGCCCAAACCAGCACGCUUUCCGGUGCGUCCCCGCUGCUAACCCGGCGUCACGCGCCCUCGCCGUACGUGGCCCGGUCGCUGGAGGACACUUUCAACGACGACCUCGCCACGCUGGACUCGGUUUUCGACGACCACGAGAUUCACGGCUACUCGUCCACGCCCAAGGCUGUUGGCAAGAGCGGACCGGCGGCACUUCACGCCGCUCGCACUCGGUACUUUAUCCUGGACUUCGAAAAGGUGAGCGGUGUGGAUGCUACGGCUGUGCGGAGUUGCUUCAACGCCACCAAGGAAUUGCUGGCGCAGCACGGCAUUGCUCUCAUUUUCGCGAGCGUUCCGAGUGAUGCAGAGCGGUUGCUGCGCGUCCACGAUGUGAUCGAGAAGGAGGACGGAUCUGGCACGGGGUCGCUGGUGUUCGAUACGUUGGACAAGGCAUUGGAGUGGUGCGAGGACGAGCUGCUGGUGUCUGAGGGCGUGCUGCCGCUUAGUGAGUCGGCACCGGCGUUGGCGGUGAACGGCAGCAACGAAGGCCAACAUUGGCAGUUGCUGGACGAGCUGCUGCCUCGCCCCGAUGGUUCACACCGCAAGGACGACACUCUGACCAACAGCGAUGGAACGCAGCCUGAAGCUGCCGCCGUGCUUACCCGGGAGCUCGGCGAGAUGUACGUGACGCACUUACUUAAACAGGAGGGCGAGACGCUGUACCGUGCUGGUGGGCUCGUUAACGGUGUCUACUUCAUCGGGUACGGCAAGGUGGACGUGUUCAUGCCGUCCAAGAUCCACGAAGGUCUGGGCCCAGGCUUCCGCGGCCGCAAGCGCAUCACGCGCGUGUGCCAGGGAGGUCUGGUGGGCGCGUCCGAGAUGAUCCUGCACAAGCGACACCAGUUCACAGCGCAGGCCCGGGCGCCCAGCUCCAUCUUUUUCCUGAGCAAGUCGCACUACGCGCGGAUGCAGAAGGCGCACCCUACAUUGGCCGCGCGCUUCCAGCAGGCCAUGCUGCAGUCCAUGGCCAUUGGUGUGCUCGAGUCGAACCUGACGGACGAUUGA